AUAUAUAUUUUUGUCUUUGUAUUGUGGCCGUUAACAACGAGGAAACCAAAGCCAAAACUAUCAUCGAUCCCUCCCCCCAGAAAAAAAAACCGCAAUAAUCUCCCAUCUUUUCUUCGUCAAUUCAUUCAUACUCAAUUUGAAACCCUAAAUAUUUCAAAUGGAUUGCGCUGCCAUAAAUAUUUCACCAUCGAUGACCUUAUCACCCCUUCCUUUAUCCAAACAUCUUCUUCGUAAAUCCAUUUGUUUCGGCAACAGAACAACGCGAAUUUCCUAUAUCAAGAUCCAAGCUACUUCGGAUAAUGCUGCUGCAGAUUUUCCCUCUGGUUCGCAGCUUUCUUCGUCAACUGCAGUGGGGGAUAUGCACAGAAAAUUAAGCACUCUUGAGUCACUUUUUUGCUAUGAUAAAGCUGUCCCAGAGGAAAUAAUCGAGAAGCCCGUUGGAUUAUCACUAAGCGAAAAAAAUAUCGGCAAUAAAACACGGUGUUCCAGUUGUGAAGCUAAGGGUGCUAUCCUUUGUGCCACAUGCUCUGGAUCUGGAUUAUAUGUUGACUCUAUAAUGGAAAGUCAAGGUAUCAUAGUCAAAGUCCGAUGCCUAGGUUGUGGCGGAAGCGGUAAUAUAAUGUGUUCAGAAUGUGGUGGGCGCGGGCAUCGCGCUGCUGCCUAACUACCAUUUGGUCUAUAUACCGCGUGUAAAAGCUGAGACCUUGUCUUGUAACUUGUUUUUUUUUGGUAUUGGUAUUUGUAUUUCAGAUAUUCAACAUUGUAUUCUUUUAUAUCAGAUGAGAACAAAGUGUUUGGGUUGCCCAACUCAUAUAAUUCUUCUGUC